CUGCGCCAUGAGGCUCAGGUUUAAGGAUCAAACACAGAGGCGCUGUAAUUCCGUGCUCUGAAAUAACAGAGAAAAAAAAGAGUCAGGUUUAUUGAAACGUGAUACCUAGUCAGCGUAACAUUCAUAUUACUUUGUAAAAGCAGCCGCAGCCAUGAUGAACGGAGAAAUUAAUGGUUUCCACAACUCCCUGAUCGAGGAGGACUGCUUCUUGUUCACCUCAGAGUCGGUGGGAGAAGGACACCCCGAUAAAAUCUGUGAUCAGAUCAGUGAUGCAAUCCUGGAUGCCCAUCUCAAGCAGGAUCCAGAUGCCAAAAUUGCAUGUGAAACUGUUGCCAAGACUGGGAUGAUUCUGUUGGCGGGGGAAGUGACAUCGCAUGCUGUAGUGGAUUAUCAGAAAGUUGUACGUGAAACCAUCCGUCAAAUUGGAUAUGAUGACUCAUCCAAAGGCUUUGACUACAAGACCUGCAAUGUUCUUGUGGCUCUGGAGCAGCAGUCUCCUGACAUUGCUCAAGGUGUUCACAUUGAUCGGAGUCAAGAGGACGUUGGGGCAGGGGACCAGGGUUUGAUGUUCGGAUAUGCAACCGAUGAGACUGAUGAGUGCAUGCCACUUACAAUUAUCCUUGCCCACAAGCUGAAUGCUAAAAUGGCUGAACUGCGACGCAACGGCACACUCCCAUGGCUCCGGCCAGACUCAAAGACGCAGGUUACUGUGCAGUACCGUCAAGACCGUGGCGCCAUGCUCCCUGUGCGAGUGCACACCAUUGUUAUCUCUGUCCAGCAUGAUGAGGAAAUCUGCCUGGAGGAGAUGAGAGAUGCACUGAAGGAGAAGGUCAUUAAGGCCGUUGUUCCUUCUGUCUACCUGGAUGAUGACACCAUUUACCAUCUGCAGCCCAGUGGGCGAUUCGUCAUUGGAGGGCCUCAGGGGGAUGCCGGCCUGACUGGACGCAAAAUCAUUGUAGGCACCUAUGGCGGCUGGGGAGCCCAUGGUGGUGGCGCGUUCUCCGGGAAGGAUUACACAAAGGUGGACCGCUCUGCUGCCUACGCUGCACGCUGGGUGGCCAAGUCCCUGGUAAAGGCUGAACUGUGCCGAAGAGUGCUGGUGCAGGUAUCCUAUGCCAUUGGAGUUGCCCAUCCACUCUCCAUUUCUAUCUUCCACUACGGGACCUCCCAGAAGAGUGAGAGAGAACUGCUUGAUAUUGUGAGGAAGAACUUUGACCUUCGUCCCGGAGUCAUUGUCACGGAGCUGGAUCUGAAGAAACCCAUUUAUCAGAAGACUGCAGCCUAUGGCCACUUUGGCCGAGACUCCUUCCCAUGGGAGGUGCCCAAAAAGCUCAAAUACUAAACCUGUUAAGCUUUUCCCCCCAGGCUUGUUGGUGUAUACUACAGAGAAGCCUCCAAGGUUCC